AUGUCUAAUCGUGUGUGUUUUGUUGUGUGCGAGCCAGCAGUCGGGGGUCAAAGGGGAGACAUUGUGCAUCUCGAUGCAUGUUUUGGUCUGGAACAGAGCUGCUGCACUACCACCACAGCAGUGAGGAAGUCCUGGGUUUGUUUGGUGCGCUCAUCAGGACAGCUGGUGCCUGGGCAGCUGCACGGCUGCGGGGUGGCUGGGAAAGAGCCUGUCCCCGGCAAACCCAGGAGGGGCUUCUGCAUCUGCUCAGCUGUCGACCCCCCCCACCCCCCACCCUCCAUCCCUAGUUCCUCCGUGCUCUUGGAAACGCGUUAUAAAUUAGGCCCCAGCUGGACCCGACACGUGGACAUCUUCUCCAAAGACUUCCUGUUCGUGCCUAUCACCCAACAAGCUCACUGGUUCCUGGUGGUGGUCUGCUUCCCCGGCCUGGAGGAGCCUCAGCACCAAGAGUUCACCUGUCCUGCAGCUGCAGGUAAACCUUCGUCCAACGAUCUGAGACCUCAGUCCGAAGCGCCGGAGUGCACGGAGCAGAGCUGGCGGAGGGACACGGUGUUGAAGCGGCCGUGCAUUCUGGUGAUGGAUUCUCUGAAGCUGUCGCACAAAGAGACCGUCUGCAGUCUGAUCAGAGACUACCUGCAGGUGGAGUGGGGGGUGAGGCGGGGGACACCCAGGGUGUUUUUGGGGGAGUCGAUCAGGAGCAGUGGCUGCAGAGUUCCUCAACAAAACAACUGCAGCGACUGUGGAGUUUACCUGCUGCAAUACAUGGAGAGCUUCAUACAGAACCCUGUGGUGCACUUCGACCUGCCGCUGCGAUUGGAGAACUGGUUUCCACAGCAACGCGUGCGUCAGAAGCGCGAGGAGAUCCGCGGGCUGAUCCUGGAUCUGCACCGAGCGCAGAAACACACAUAGAGGUUUAUUAUUAUAUUUGU